CUCGUCAGAUUAAGCGGUGUUCAGUGCGUUAUAAAGACAGCUCGAGCAUCAGCGCUCCGGCGGUGUGAGUGUGUGAAGCGCUGCUGUAUCGCUGGCUCGUAGAGCAGAAGUACAGUACAGUGUUGUGUGGCGUGAUGGCGUGUCUGUAGAGUGCUGGGCUGUGAUUGGUCAGCGCGCUGUGCGCUCAUGGCGCGGUUGCUAUGGGCGGCGGGCAGAUCUGCGGCUGCGCUGCUCUUCAGAGUAAAUAAAGCCGCAGCACGAGCUCGAACUCUUCAUCUACCUGCUCGACAGCACGCGCUUCUGUACAGUCAGGUCAGACGGCUCAGUUCACCUGUAAGGAUGCCGGAGAUUAACACGGAUCAUCUGGAUGAGAAGCAGGUGCAGUUGCUUGCAGAGAUGUGCAUCCUCAUCGACGACAAUGACCGAAAGAUUGGAGCUGACAGCAAGAAAAACUGCCAUCUCAACUCAAAUAUUGAGAAAGGAUUAUUGCAUCGAGCAUUCAGUGUUUUCCUGUUUAACAGCGAGGAGAAGCUGCUCCUUCAGCAGAGAUCCAAUGCCAAAAUCACUUUUCCAGGCUGUUUUACCAACGCUUGCUGCAGUCACCCUCUCCACACUGCCAGUGAACUGGAGGAGCAGGAUGCCAUCGGGGUCCGCCGCGCCGCACAGAGACGCCUGCAAGCCGAGCUGGGCAUUCCCACCGAUCAGGUGCCUCCAGAAGAGAUGACCUACCUGACCCGCAUCCACUACAAAGCCCAGUCAGACGGCGUCUGGGGCGAGCACGAGAUCGACUACAUCCUCUUCAUGCAGAAAGACGUGGAUCUGAAUCCAGACCCCAACGAGAUCCAGAGCCACUGCUACGUGUCCAAAGAGGAGCUGAAGGAGAUCCUGGAGAAAGCCAAGAGGAAAGAGCUGGAGAUCACACCCUGGUUCAGCCUGAUCGCAGAAACCUUCCUCUUGAAGUGGUGGGACAACCUCCAUAACCUCAAACAGUUCAUCGACCACGACGGGAUCCACCGCAUGUAGGCCACGUCUGGAGAGGACUUUAACGGUUUAUAAAAAGACUGGACAGCUUGGCCAUGAAGGGCUUGUCUUAUUGUUUGUAAAUGUUUGGACAGGCAGGGAGUUUUAUUUUAGCAUUAAAGUUCUGAUUGGUAGAUUAGAACUUGAAUCCACUUUUCAAACUGCUACAUGAAUAAAUGAGCAUUUUAUUGCUAACAAACACUGUCCAUUUGUGUGAAGUGCCUAGUUUCAUAUGAGAGACUGUGCUUUUGAAGGAAUAUUUUGUGUAGAUAAAACUAUCAGGACUCAUUGUGAGGUUUACAGUUAUGUAAAGUAAUUAUUAGAGAAGUCAAAUAAAAUGUGCGCUCUU